AUGAGUUAUGCAAAGACACAGCGCUUUCCUGACGGCCGGAGCAACGUAAUUCGCGACCUUGUCCGGGCCCAGGUUCCAGGCUUGCGCGGGGCGGUGUCUCUGCCCGAGCUCCGCGCGGCCGCAGGUGAGUCCUGCGCGCGCCCCGCUCUCGCGCCUGCGGGAGGGGCUGGAGCGGAGGCGGAGGACGGGCCGGGGGUGGCGGUGGGGGACGGAGAUCCGGGCCCGACUGCAGAUUCCUCCGGGGGGAGCCGCAUUUCCAGCCACGUCCGCAGCCCUGCCCUCGCGCGCCGAGCCGUUCCCGGCCGUGCCGCCUGGAGGCGCGGAGCCCGCCGGGCUCGCCCAGCCCUGCAGCUCCGGCCGGGGCGGAGGCCGCCGGACCGCGGAGAUGCGGGGCGGGGGCAGGGCGCGGGGAAACAGCAAGAGAUUGACUCCAAAGAUGCUAUUAUUUUGCAUCAGUUUGCAAGACCUAACAAUGGUGUCCCCAGUUUAUCUCCUUUCUGUUUGAAAAUGGAAACUUAUUUAAGGAUGGCUGACUUACCCUAUCAGAACUAUUUUGGUGGAAAGCUCUCUGCUCAAGGGAAAAUGCCUUGGAUUGAAUAUAAUCAUGAAAAAGUUUCUGGGACAGAAUUCAUAAUUGACUUUCUGGAAGAGAAACUUGGAGUGAAUUUAAACAAAAACCUUGGUCCUCAUGAAAGAGCCAUCUCCAGGGCAGUGACUAAGAUGGUGGAGGAGCAUUUCUAUUGGACCUUAGCUUAUUGCCAGUGGGUGGACAAUCUCAAUGAGACCCGGAAGAUGCUCUCUCUUAGUGGUGGCGGUCCCUUCAGUAACCUGCUGAGGUGGGUCGUGUGCCACAUAACGAAAGGAAUCGUGAAACGCGAGAUGCACGGCCACGGCAUUGGCCGCUUCUCAGAGGAAGAGAUUUACAUGCUGAUGGAGAAGGACAUGCGGUCUUUAGCAGGGCUUCUGGGUGACAAGAAGUACAUCAUGGGGCCCAAGCUUUCCACUCUAGACGCCACCGUCUUUGGACACUUGGCACAGGCAAUGUGGACCUUACCCGGGACGAGACCUGAGCGGCUGAUAAAAGGUGAGCUGAUCAAUCUUGCCAUGUACUGUGAGAGGAUAAGGAGGAAAUUCUGGCCUGAGUGGCACCAUGAUGAUGACAACACCAUCUAUGAGUCUGAGGAGAGCUGUGAAGGCAGCAAAACGCAUACGCCCCUGCUGGAUUUCAGCUCUUACUCAAGGACAGAGACCUUUGAAGAUGAGGGAGCAGAGAACAGUUUCUCCAGAACCCCAGACACGGAUUUCACUGGACACUCGCUCUUUGAUUCUGAUGUGGACUUGGAUGACUACACAGACCAUGAACAGUGCAAGUGACAUUCAGCCCUGCUGACCCUCCUCUGUUGGAGCUGCCAUUCCCUGGGGUCAGUCCAGUUUCCCAGGUAGAAAUCCAUCCGAGCUGGGAGGAGAUCUUCGUGCUUGGCACAGUUCUCACAAGCUAACUGGACUAGAGCAGCCUUAUUUCUUUUUUGUACAAACAAGACACAGAACCAUUCCGAUGGCUCCGUUUAAAACAAACCGGCAAAAAAAAAAGUCAGCAUGGUUCCUGAAAUCCACUUUUGUUUUCAUUAGAAAACUAAGAUUGUGUGGUAGAGCAGGUGCAAGAGCAGGUUGUCCACAGAUGGUGUGUACAUCGAUCCGCUGCAACCCGAGGGCUGAGGUGCAAGAUGGAUUCUUGAACAUCCUUCAUCCAGCAGGGUUCAAAGUCAGGAGAGAUGUCAUCAGAAGGAAUGUAGGAGAUAAAUGUUCUGUGGUGGCUGCUUGUAUUUCCUGUGUGUAUAUUGUAUGUUGAGAUAUAAGUCAAAUAAAAUCCAUAGAUAUUCA